AACAAAUGGAGAUCUGUCUGACUAAAUCCCUUGACAAGCUAAACCAAAUAAUACAUCAAAGCAGUUCACUGGACUGUCCGGCUUUAAGCAGAAAAGCAUUCAACCACUCCAUCGGAACUAGCCAAUUUUCUUGAUUCCAUGGGCUCCCAAAAAUCUUUCUCCUUUGAAUUGUACAAGAUCUUUCCCGCCUUUCCUUCAACUCAUUACACAAACCGGCAAUCCUCUAAGCAGCUAUACACAAAAAUCUGAUGAGCCUUAAUCCUUCUCUAUGUUAUCAUCAAAUCUCAGAUUGCUGCAUUUCAUUUCCAAACCUCUCUUCUUGUCAAACCCUUCUCCUCUUUCUUCUUCUAAUCGCUCUCUUCACGCACGUUCUCUUCCUCCUCUCAAAGGAAGAAAACCCCCUGUCAACGGCAACAACCAUGGUCUGCUUCUCAGCAAUCCAGUUCUCUCAAUCCUACAAAUAUGCAAAUCCUUGCCCCAACUGAAACAAAUCCAAGCGCAAAUGACCAUCAAAGGCUUAAUGUCAGAUUGGUUCUUUUCCAGCCGCCUUAUCGCCUUUUGCGCCUUGUCGGAACACAAAAAUCUUGAUCAUUGCAUUAAAAUUUUGUACAAUUUGCAAAGUCCAAAUGUUUUUUCAUGGAAUGUUGCUAUUAGAGGCUGUGCAGAGAGUGAAAACCCCAAAGAAGCAAUUUUUGUUUAUAAGCAAAUGCUUAGAAAUAAUGGGAUUAUUAGGCCGGAUAAUUAUACUUACCCUUCUUUGCUUAAAGCUUGUGCCUUUUUAAUGUUGAAAUAUUUGGGAUUUGAAAUUCUUGGUCAUGUUUUGAAAUUGGGUUUUGAUGCAGAUUUAUAUGUUCACAAUGGGGUAAUUCACUGUUUGGUUUCAUGUGGUGAAUUGGAGUUGGCAUAUAAGGUGUUUGAUGAAAGUUGUGUUAGAGAUUUGGUUUCUUGGAAUUCUGUGAUUAAUGGCUAUGUUAGGAGUGGGAGAGCAAACGAGGCAAUAGGGGUUUAUAGGAAAAUGCAGGAGGAGGGAGUUGAGCUGGAUGAGGUGACGAUGAUUGGGUUGGUUUCUUCGUGUGCGCAGUUGGAAGAUUUGAAACUUGGGAGAGAUUUUCAUAAGUAUAUCGAAGAGCAUGGAGUGAAUUUGACAAUUCCAUUAGCUAAUGCACUCAUGGACAUGUAUGUUAAGUGGAAUCUUGAGGAAACACAAAGGAUAUUUGAUAACAUGGAGAAGAAAACCAUUGUUUCUUGUACUACAAUGGUAGUUGGUUAUGCUAGAUUAGGGCAUUUGGACGCUGCUCGAAAGCUUUUUGAUGAGAUGCCCGAGAAGGAUGUUGUACCAUGGAAUGCAAUAAUUGGAGGUUAUGUUCAAGCCAAGGGUAGUAAGGAGGCUUUGACUUUGUUUCAUGAAAUGCAGGCCGGUGGUAUAAAGCCUGAUGAGGUGACCAUGGUUUAUUGUUUAUCUGCAUGCUCACAACUUGGAGCCCUUGAUGUUGGAAUUUGGAUUCAUCAUUAUAUUAAAACACACAAACUUUAUUUGAAUGUUGCCCUGGGAACUGCUCUAGUUGACAUGUAUGCUAAGUGUGGGAACAUCACAAGGGCUAUUCAGGUUUUCCAUGAGAUGCCAUAGAAUUCUUUGACUUGGACAUCAAUUAUUGGAGGUUUAGCUCUUCAUGGAAAUGCACGUGAUGCCCUAUCUUAUUUCUCAGAGAUGAUUGAUGUUGGGUUGAGGCCAGAUGAGGUCACCUUUCUUGGGGUUUUAUCAGCUUGUUGUCAUGGUGGUUUGGUGGAAGAGGGUCGUAAACUUUUUUCGCAGAUGACAUCUAAGUUUGGCCUGUCCCCUCAGCUUAAGCACUAUUCGUGCAUGGUGGACCUUCUUGGCAGGGCUGGGCUUUUAGAUGAAGCAGAAGAGCUUAUCAAUAGCAUGGAAAAUGAGCCUGAUGCUGUGGUGUGGGGAGCAUUGUUCUUUGCAUGUAAAAUGCAUGGAAAUUUUUUGAUGGGAGAAAGAGCCGCUCUAAAACUUCUAGAACUGGACCCUCAUGAUAGUGGUAUUUAUGUACUGCUUGCUAAUAUGUAUGGGGAUGCAAAUAUGUGGGAGGAAGCAGAGGUUAGGAAUAUGAUGAAAGAGAAAGGAGUAGGGAAGACCCCUGGUUGUAGCUCAAUUGAGGUAAAUGGCACUGUUUAUGAGUUUAUUGUUAGAGAUAAGUCUCACCCUGAAACUCCAGUAUAUGACUGCUUAAUUCAGCUAACACGACAUUUGGAGUUUGCUGAAUUUAUUUAUGGUCUUCCUAAAUCUUACAGUGACGUUCUCUUAGGCUUGGAACUUGAAACCCAACGAUCUAAUUCCAUGCAAAUUAUUCAGUAAUGGCCUUCACCAUAUCAGAGGUGUUCCAAGUUUCUAAGUUCUAUAAUUGUUUGUUUCAAUUGCUCUUCCUAAGGUUUUCAUCCAUCAAAUGGCAGAAGGCUUUCCAAUCAGGCUAUAUUUUGCCAUUGAGUAAAUGAUGGUUAGAGCAGCUGUGCUUGCCUCUGAAAAUGGUUAGGAUUAUUCAAUGUUUUCAAGGUUUAAUUCAAAACUGGGAUGAGACCUGGUCCAAAAAUUGCAGAUCUAUUCAUGAUCUGAACAAAAUGAUAUGGGGUUUAUUACUGUGGAAAGGGAACAGAUUUGAACAAAAUGAUACUCCUUAUAUAAUGUUCUUUAGUGUCCGAACUUUCCCUGGCUCCAAGUCUUACCAGGAGAUAUUUUACUUGCACAGAAGUUCAGGAUUUCAAACAGGUGCCACAAAUGUUCUUAAUGGUAGUUUGGCAUCUCUUGUGAUGCUGCAUUUGUUUUCUUGGUAUGUAUUUGUCUUGGACCGUGCUAAAAACAUCAAUAGCGGCUGCAUGCUGUAAUGGGUGGAAGAGGUAAUUAGUUGACUCCUUUGAUGCCUGCAUGAAAACUACCAAUGGCUGGGUCUUACAGGGUUUGACUUUGGAUUUUGUGUUUCAUGCAGAAUUGUGAGAUAAUCUUAACCAAUGAUUCUUGUGUACUAUGAUGCGAAAAUUUUUAAGAAUUUUGUUGGGACUAGUUACCUGGUCAAUAAGCACUGAUAAUCUUUCUUGUCAUCAUUGUGCUUACGGGAUUCAUCGCAGAGCACGCAUAUGAAAUUAUUAGAGCAAUCAGGAAUCAGCACUAUUCGGUGUUUACUAUUUUGCAUUUCUAUUGUGGCAUGGAAUGCAUGUCGAUCUGUUGGUGGCUCGAAGGACAUGGAUUUCAAGCAAAAAGGUAAUAAAAGUAAUCAAAAAUUGUUGAUAGUGUCUGGAAACAGUGAUGCAUCGUAGUAGCUUUCAGACAUGGCACUGAGGUGCAAUCAAGCCAUGCCCAAAUGUUUUCAGUUGUGAAGGCCCUCUUCACAAUUGAAGCAGUUGAUUGAAUUCGAGAAACUUUUAUUUCAUUUAUCAGUGCACAAAAUAGAAGUGUGGGUUAGUUGUCAAUUUCAAUUGGCGAUGAAGGGGUUGUUUUUGUGUGCCUUACGAUUGGCUUUUGGUUAUAUGUUCAAGUGUGCAAAGCACUUGCUUCUAAAACAAAUAAAAAAGGAAAAAUCUGAGUAUAGCUCAAAUUACAUUUCAGAUGUUAUGUGAAACAAUUCAGUUGUCAUAUUUAUCAGCUAAUAUUUGUUUGGAAGUUGAUCAGGAAUUAUAAAAUUAACAAAUUCAUCACCAAUACUUACAUUCCUAAUGGAGAAAUUGUCUCUAUGUGCAGCGAAAAAAGGUGCAUAUAUAUGUUAAUGUUUAUUUAUGUUGCACUGAUGCUAAGCUCUUCUGCAUCUAAUUUUGUCUUGACUGCAACUUGGAAUGGAGAUUUGCAAUUCCAAACUCUGCAAAUAUAAGUCUCUCAGCAAUGUGUAUCCCUACUGUCGGUGCUGCCUGUCUAUGUCUCAGGAAUUGACGGAUUGUAGCCCAUCAAUGGCACGAAGUUUAUCUUGGUUUUGAUUGAGAAAGCCAAAGUUUAUUCUUGAGCUGAUGCAUAAAGCAUGUUUAUAUGACUAGGCUACUGUAAAGAAGCCGGAGUUGAGGGAUGCUUUUAUUUCUACUCAAGAAAGAUGAUAUCGGCUUGCAUCUUCUGGGUAUUUUAGACAAUAUCAAUUUACUGCUACCAGCAGAGCCAGGAUUGAUACUAACUGUCAUGUUCAUGGUCUUUGAGGACAACCUCAAGUUACUGCUAGCAGCAGAGGCAGAAUUGGUUACUAACUAGGCAUUUUAUGAUUUGAACAGAAAAACAAAAUAAACAUUUCGGGUUUGACAUCUUGAGGAAUGGAAACACAUGUUUCAUGAGUUUUGGUUUUACUGUUGGAGCUUCUUUUUGGUUUACUUUGAUGGAUUUUGAAUGACAAGUGUACAGACAAAAAGAAUGUAGGAAUAUAAUGAUUCGUCCUUGCUUGC